CUAUAUACAUGUAUGUACAUAUGUACAUACAUAUGUAGUAUGUACAUAUGUAUACAUAAAUGUAGAAUGGAUACAUAUAUAAUAAAACACACACACGAAAAUCGUAAGGAACAAGAAGCCCACUGGUCGUUGAGUCAUUCUUCAACGCUUUUACGAAGCACUCCCAGGGGCAUCCGCACUCGCGUGUGUGUGUGUGUUUGCCCGCUUAGCCACCGUAAUUGACAAUCUUCCGUUAAUUUUAGUUCGAUCAGAUAUUUCGAAAACGUACACAUAAUAUGAGAAAAAAGUGAUUGCAAAAUUUAUCAAAACCGGCAAUAAUAUUUUUUUCGAAAUUAUAAAUUAUCAAUCGAGUGUUUUGGGUUGUAAGGAUAUCUAUGGUCUAUGAAAAAAAAAAAUCAAAUUUAAACGGUUGCUCAAAUUUCUCCUGUGGACGAUUUGUUUGGCGCUUUCUUAAAGUACGUCGAGCUUGAGUUUGUUGUUCUUGAUAGCGUCACCGCCAUUGCUGCCAGCCAGUGUUGCUAAUGUCGCAUAGAGCAACAGCAACCAUAUAAAGAGACAUCCUCGUUAUUUUUAACAGCAGUUAAUAGCCGACACAACUAUUCAAUCCCAUGAUCUUUUGUUCGGUUUUUUUGCCUUGCUUUCCUGGUAAAUAAAAUAACAACAAGAAACCCCACCACCCACUCCCACAUCACGCUAGCAGCAAUAAGUAACAUCAAAUCAAAAACAACAACAGCUAACGCAUUAUAAGUGUGUAACGCAUUUUCUGUUUUAUUGAUAAAUCGGUUGUUCGUCGUUCAGUCGGUCAGCAAUUCGUUCACUGUGCUCGUAUCAUAAAUAUGCCUUCUUCAAAAAAUAUAGCAACUUAUUUACUGUUUACGACGGUCGGCAAAUUUCGUUAAAUAAAGUGAACGUUGCUCGUUUUUCACAAAUUAGUAAUAACCAGAAUCCCAUCACUUUGCUCUUCACUGCAGUUUUAUCCGGCAAAAAGCUGAAAUUGUUCACCGGCGGCGGGAGCAUACGAAGAAACGCCGAACACCAGAUGAUUUGUUUAUUGGUCGGUAUAUUGGCACAUACAUAUGUAUGUACGUAAAUUCCUACGCCACUUAUACGUCACCUCGGCAAUCGACAGUUGGCGCACAGUCGUAUAAUACUGAAUCGUAGAACCGCAUUCAGACAUUGGAAGAAACAAAAAGUGCGAUGUAAAUAUUCAUAGAGAGUACAUACCCUAUGUCGAGUCCAAGCUCAAAGUCAACUUAUCACUUACCCGACAAUUGUGGCAAUUUAGGAAAAUUAAUAUUAUUAAUGAAUUAACGCAUACCAAAACUACAUAUGUACACAUACAUAUAUUUUUAUAUUCAGUAUCCGUAAUAAUAACAAUACAAACUCAAAAACAAAAACAGAAACCAAAAGCAUUGACUUCGCGUUCUGUAAAAAAGUAAAGGAAGUUAUCGCCAACUACAUAGUACAUCAGUUACUUUCCAACACUAUUUAACAAAAAUCAACAUUUCCUUUCCAUUCCUUCAUGGUUGGAACAACUACAUUCAAGUGAAUUAAAGUCAUACAUAUAUACACUCUGAACUCGACUUUACAACGACUUUCAGUACUCUAACUAAUGCGAGACAGUCAGAGCACAUCGGUACGACCACAGCAUUGCUAAUGAGCAGUGUGGAGCAAGGUAAACAAGCUGAAGCAAAAACUUAAAAAUGUACGCACACAAAUAAUAUUGAAGCAGGUCUAGCCAGCUUCCUGCCCCCGACAAGCCUUAAUAUUCGUUCACACAGUCGUAAAGUGGUUCGGUACGAGGAACAAGAGCAGCAGUUGUCAGGCGAUAAGCCCAGCCAUUGAAAUACUAUAUCAGUGCAGUUGUUUGUGGGAACCUGGGGUGUAGGCGGCGACGGUGUUAAUAGUACAAAUAGCAAACGCACACGCAGCGAUGGCAGCCUCAACUUCGGAUAACUACAAAGUUCCCUCGACAAGUAAAAUUUCUGUAGAUAAACUGCUGCGAGUUGGCUAUUAUGAACUGGAGAAGACGAUUGGCAAAGGAAAUUUUGCAGUUGUGAAAUUGGCGUCGAAUAUUGUCACUAAAUCAAAGGUAGCGAUUAAAAUCAUUGAUAAGACUUGCCUUAAUCGGGAGUACCUAACCAAAACAUUCCGCGAAAUUUCCAUUUUAAAAUCAUUACGUCAUCCACAUAUUACCCGCCUCUAUGAGGUGAUGCAGUCAGAAACGAUGAUCUAUCUUGUCACCGAAUAUGCUUCAAACGGUGAGAUAUUCGAUCAUCUAGCGGAGAAUGGACCCAUGAAGGAGCUCGAAGCAGCGCGUGUAUUCACACAAUUAGUCUCUGCUGUGCAAUACUGUCAUUCUAUGGGUGUAGUGCAUCGAGAUCUCAAGGCGGAAAAUGUGCUACUCGAUAAAGAUAUGAACAUCAAGCUUGCCGAUUUUGGCUUCAGUAAUCGGUACGAAGAGGGCAGUCCAUUAACUACAUGGUGCGGUUCACCACCAUAUGCCGCACCUGAAGUUUUUCAAGGUCUGGAAUAUGAUGGACCUAAAGCGGAUAUCUGGAGUCUGGGUGUAGUGCUAUAUGCUUUGGUAUGUGGUGCAUUACCUUUCAAUGGUGACACACUGCUAGAAUUAAAAGGACGCGUAGUUACUGGAAAGUUUCGCAUUCCUUACUUCAUGUCAAGAGAUUGCGAGCACCUAUUACGUAAUAUGUUGGUAGUUGAGCCGGAUCGCCGAUAUACAUUGAAACAAAUUAUUAAACAUCGUUGGCUUAGCGAUUGGGCAGCGGAACUGAACGACAUCAGUGAAAGCAUUGGGGGAUGUAGUAGUGGCGCCAACACCGCGGCAUAUACGCAACAGACGGAAAGUAAUUCACUUGUUCAAAGCGAUAGCAACAUUAGUGUUCAUCCGCAUGGACCCGUGGCUGUUGCUAAUCUGGAUACAGAGAUAAUGAGAAAUAUGCUGCAGUUGCCCGGACUGACUGCCGAUAUGAUUGCUGAAUCGGUGCAUAACCAACGAUUCGAUAAUAUCUAUGCCAUCUACAAUUUGCUUGCCGAUAAACUGCAACAAAAGCGGCGUGAGCAUCAUAGGAUGCAACACCAAGCCGCUUAUUCAAGAUUACGCAAAACCAGCAUCACUACGGGUGUAGUCGACCGUUCUGAACCCAUUAAGCAAGAAUCAGUUGAUCGCUUGAGUCCGCUGACCAACACAAAUGGGCUACAAGGCGGCUUAGGCUUCCAAUGGACUGAUGUUGCGGUGGAUUUGGAGAAAUUUAGCGACUUUGAAUUGGAAUGUCUGGCGCGACCAAAUGAGUCACAAAAUCAAAAUCAUUUGUGUGCCAAUGCUAGUGGAAACGGUGGUAAUACACGGCGACACACUGUAGGACCUGGUGAUGUGGCACACGAGCAAGCACUUGCCAACCCAAAUGUGGCGCCAAUCAAUUUCAAAUGUUCUCCUGAAAAUAAGGAUGAGACUGGCCCAUACUUGCCGAUGAACCUGCCAAUGUUACAGAAUCAACCUUUGCACAAUUUAACUAUUAAGGAUCAGCAUCUUUUGAAACCUCCAAUGGUGAUGGGCGCAAGUUCAUUUGGACGUCGUGCAUCAGAUGGUGGUGCAAAUCUGCAUAUUUAUUAUCCCUCGACGGGGAGUAAUACGCACCAAGUAACUGGGCAAACGCAACAGAUGGAAGGAAACACGUACUAUAUUAACCCGAACGUAGCUAAUACGAGCGGACUGAGUGGGGCCUCGACCGAUAGACAUACGGUGGCCAGUAUGCGUGAACAAACCCAUUUAUCUCAAUUGGGAGUGGGAGAUACUGUUAGCGAGGAGAACAGCGAGGAGAUACAAAAAUAUAUUCAAAUUCGUGGAAAACGACACACAGUCAGUUGCACCGAAGACCUAUCAAUACAGCACCAUCCGGGCGAAACUUGCCCAGUUUGUGGUGUAUAUGAACCGCCUGUAGUGCCACAAAUUCCCACAAUCAUGUCGCCACAGUCGGGAACUGGCGGAACAAGUGGUGGUGGUGGAAUGCGCACGCGACGUACCGGUCUACUUACAGUUACGGAACGCCCGCCAGUUAUUAGUCCCGAACUCAUACGUGAAGUGGAAUCGCGUAUGAAUCGAAAUUACCUGCCACCUGCUUUGAAAAUGCAGCAACAUCAAUCGCAUACACAUUCUCAUUGCGCACCGAAUCCCACACUCAGUCAAUCCCCUCCCACGAGCAGCCUAAUGACUUACCAUACGUCGUCAAGUUCCAAUAUUUUGCCAGCACAGGCAUUGAGCAAUGCAGCUUUGGCGGGGCAACAAGGUCCUCCAAGCGCCACUGGAAAUAAUAGACGAGUCCAUUUCAAGUCCACAAAUAAACUUCCAACAGUCCAAGAAGUUGGCCGAUAUAGCCCAGUACGACGUGCUUCAGAAGGCUCUAAAACGCAAUUCCAAGGACCGCUGCAAGAAUGUCAGUAUCUACAAAAAGUAUCGGCACAACGUAACUUUCUAAUCGCUCCAACACCCCCACUUUCUGAGAACUCGAUUAGUUUGCCUGGUUCUCCUAUACACGGUAAGCCCGCUCCACAUAUGGUGUUCCGACGCGGUCAGGAUCUGGAAGUUCCACCAGAAGCAGUGCGUGCUCUGAUGCCACAUCUGGAUCGCCUCGUCAAGGAGCACCGUCUCAGUACAGAAGUGGCAAACAAAAUUGUUUCUACUGGAAUUGUGCCUUUGGACUUGGCCUGUCAUUUGGGAUUGACGGCACAUUCCGGAAAUGUCGCAGUGAGUGGUGGUCACCUAGAUAUGACGUCAAUGCAUCAGGCUGCAAUGUAUAGUUUAAGUGUUUCGCCACUAUCUUUGCCAAAUAGCGCCAAUACAAGCGUUAUCGGCGCUAUGAGUGGACCCCUAACUACUCAACAACCAUCUUGCAGCCACAAUAUGGGCACAUACUCGAAACAAAUGUUAGGGAAAGGACCGUAUCAACAGCAGCAUCAUUUUGGACUGGUGCAUCCACAAAUGCACCAUCCUAGUAAUGGUAUUGUGGGACAAUUCAGUCACAUAACCCUUAGUCAGGGUGUGGUUGCAUCUCCGAGUGGUGGACUCUUCAGUGGUUCAAAUAGCAGCAGUGGUUGUCAGUCACCAAUCUAUAGUAGCUUUAGUGGCUCUUCUUCGCCAAAUCCUUAUAUUCCAGGCACUGGACCAUUUAAUUCUAACUCCAUUAGUGGCAAUGGUGGUGGCGGAUCUUCGCCACUUCAUCAAAUAACCAAAGGUAUUUCGGUAUUAUCUACGGGUGGAGGCGGUUCCAUUACCCGUGGCACAUCAGCUGCUAGUGAAAUUGCAUCAUCCGCUACGUCCAUAGCUUCAGCUGCUACUGCUGUCAAUCAGCCCUUAGACCUUUCCAUGGAUGUGUGUACAUCUGACCACAAUACUGAGAUACCAAUCAAUACGUUUGCUCAACAACAUGUGAAUUGGAUGAUACCACAGUUAUCUACCUUUGAUCUCAAACCUCUAAAUUUGUCCCCAGCGCAACCUGUACGAGUGGUACCCACGCCUCCCGCCUCUCCUAAUCUCUGUAUAAUACAAGAAGAGAAUGCUAAUGGACAGAUGCAUCAUACAAUUUCAACUGGGACACCGCAUGUCGGUUGCACCGGUGGCCUUAUCAAUGAAGACAUAUCAUCUUUUCAACCUUCUCAUCCACAAAUAUGUCUUACGGACGUGCAAGGUAGCGAAAUCACACUAGUAGCAUUGAGUUCGGAAAAUAGUCGAGAUAGUGAUUGCGAUUCACUGGAACCACCCGCACAGCUGAUGUCUUUGCAAGGCCUCAUAAUAACUGAAUCCUCCAGUGAUAUGCCUUCGAUCACACGCGGUACCGGACGUAAAACUAGUUUGGAGUGUGCAGGUGAUAGCUCGUCAAUCCGUUUGGAAAGCGAUGCUAGUGCAACGAACAAUGUUAGCGAGUCGAAUCGCCGCGGAAGUGAUAAGUCCCUUGGCUUCUCCGACGAUUCAUUAAGUAAUGAUUCCAACAAUCUGUCACCAUGUCAAGAACCAUCUGCCAGUUCAGGUUUUAAAUCGGAAUCGCAUUCUGAGAUUGGCGAUCAUACGGAGGGACAUUUGUCGCCCGAUUCCAUUUGUGACUCUCGCCGUAUGUCCGAGGAAAUGUGUUACGAAGUUCCGUUACCACAUGAAUGCUCUAACCUCGAUCCGACACGCAUACUGGAAUUAGUCAAACAAACCAUCGACCAAACAAUGCCACCGAAAGGAGCAGUCCUUCACAAAGGGCUGUCUGAAGAGUAUAGUGGCGUAGCUGGUGCUUCGAGUGCGAAUGCUGAGGCACGUAUAAGCAAUGCUUCGAAUGCUACCAGUGAAUCAUCGGCAACCUCAAUGGACACUAACAGUAGCACCUCCGGCUGCUGUGGGAGCUUUGUCGGCAUCGGCAGCAGCACAAGUACAAAUCUCAGCUUAGAAUACUCGGGCGGUUUGCAAAUAGAGUUACAAGUGUGCGAAGGUCGUAGCCGUGACAACCAAAUAGCCGGCAAAGGUAUCAAACUACGACGCAUCUCGGGGGACCAAUUCGAAUAUGGAAAAUUAUGUCAGCAACUGAUCAAUAAGCUGACCAUGCAACAGGUCGCUGGUUAAACAGAUUACAGCGGUAACAUCACGACCAUGAUCCCCAAGUUCCUUAUACUUACAUACAUAUGACGCAUUGCAAAAAGAGUGCAUAAAGUGUUAGUAACGUAGCAUUUACCAAAUAAAAGACAAAGACAUACACAAGGAACAAACAUUCAUAUACUAAUAUCGUGAUAGAAGUAUCUAUAGUUGACAAAUACGAAAAAGCUUUGCCAAUAAAUUAAUUUAAAACAAGUAAAUAUCGUACAUAAUUAGACUCCUAACCCCACUUUUGUGUACGUAGACUUUUUGCAAUUAAAUAUGAUAACAUUUUUAAUAUUACGAAAACGAUUCAAUUUUCAUCUACACUCACUCUGAAUGAUGUACAUAAAUAUUUGGUGUGUAUAUAUUUAAGAAUCGCCGGAAUUGAUCAGGUUUUAUUGAUGUUUGUAUGGUAAAUAAUGCGUUCAUUUUGGCUUUUAGAGAACACACACGUUAAUGUACAAGGUGUGUAUGUGUGCAUAUUCGAAUAUGCAUUAUACAUAGUAUAUGUAUGUAAUUAUUGCAUGUAGAUAGACAUGUGUGAAAGUUCGAAAUUAUUGCAAAAUGCAUAUAAAAAAUCGUGUAUAAAUGCUAAGUGAAACUUCUCGUAAAUAGAACUACAUUUUUAUGUACAUAUGUAUGUAGCAAGUAGGUAAAUAUAACCAGAAAAAAUCAUAAAGCAUAUGUACAUAUGUGUUAAUGUAUCUGUAUACAUACUCGUACAUAUAUAUAAUUACUAAGGUGAUAUCAGCUAAUAUUUUCGUCUUGUGCAAUGCAAAAUAGACUUGUUAAACAAAUUUUAAAAUUUUAAAAAUAUUUUUGUCAUUUGCUCAUGCAUAGACAGUAAAAUAGUAUAAAUUUUACUAUUUUAGUUAUGCAUUUGAAAUUCGUAUUAAAUAUUAAUAAAAAUGUUUAUAGGUAUAAUGUAUAUUAACAAUUAAAAUUAUAGUUAGUUUCCAAACAAUUUUAAUUUUUUCCGAUAAUAAUAAUAAAUCUACAAAUGUAGAUUAAUGAAAUUCCUCGCAGACAGAACAACAUUUCAUACAUAAGUAGACACACACACAGAAUAUACAUACAUAUAUAUCCCAUACAUUUGAACAUUUAAACAUGUAUGUAGCUCGAUUAAAACAUUAAGAAGGACAAAAUCCGCAGUAAUUUUUCGCAUAAAUUCAGCACGCCAAGUACGCACCUAACAAAACGAAAUUUCAACUGCAAUAAAAUAAAUGUCUGCAUAUGCAUGAGGCAAAUGAACGCUACCAAAAAACAUCCAUUUAAAAAAAUGUAUGUACAUAUGUAGCAUUGAAAUUUUUUAAUUUCAACAUAAAUAUAAUAACUUCUGAAACCACUAGGCGAAAUAUAUUGCUCAUUUCAUAGAAAAGUGUUAUUUUGGCAUUAUUAAAAAUAUUUUACAUCAUCGAAAUUAAAUUUGCAUUCAAAAUGUAAUACGUAUAUUAACUGUGGAAUAUACAUAUGUGGACCCAUAUGUACGUACCUAUCAUUUUUCAACCUUAUUUAUCUGUCCAAAUGAUUUUGUUAGUAGGACACAUUUUUAAAUUUUAGUGUAAUCAGAUGUUGUUAUUCCUAGUUUAAGGAGAACAGCAAGAAGCUCACUACUUUCUAAUGAAAUUCGAAGUGUGCACAUUAACAUAAUUCUGGUUGCCUUAAGUCAACAAUAAGAUUUUGUUCUACAAUUUUUAACUUUUGGCACACCAGCCGGAAACCAUAUUUUCAACCCGAAGAGCUCCCUCGGCAGCAAAUGCGGAUUGGUGUCCGUCGUUACCGAAUGAGUUUCAUGCAGGAAUUACACAUAAACAACUUAUUACACAAAUAUUGACCGAGUGCAAACAAAACCCAGAAAAUAUUCAUUCUUUUAUACAGAAUAUAUAAUUAUAUUAUUCAUAUAUGUAUGUGUUGGCGCUAAGUAUGAUAAUUGUAUGUAAUUUUAUUUAAUCAAGUAAUAUACAUUAUCAAAAGUUGUACAACUUCACUUGUAUAUAUAUAGCGCUAUUAAAGACAGCCAGAAAUGUAUGCAAAAAAAACAAAAAACAAGUAAACGCUUCAAUAAUAUUCUUCAAGUGCAACAUCAGUAAGAAUAUAAAUUACAUUCCAUGUAGUAAAAUAUUUGCAUAAAUAAAUUAAAUCAGCCUUAGAGGACCGAACUAUUAACUUCAGCUGAUUUCAUUUCAGAAAUAACUCGUAA